AUGAAAGCAGUCACGUUGCUUCUGAAGGCCGCCCUACUCGCAGUGGCCAGCAGCCUGAGGACACCCGAUGUGAGAAGCAGGACCCAAGAAAUUAUUCCAAAUGCUAACCACAAAUAUAUCCUGACUGAAAUAAAAAAAAAAGGAAGACGAGUCUACACAAAUAUAAAUUUUCAUAACAUUGACAAAAGUGUUAAAAAUGAAAUUAUAAAAAAAAAAGAUUAUAAUUAUAAUGAAAGCAUAGGAGAUAAAUUGAGGAAGCUGAAGAAAUUGAAGAAUGUAUUAAACCAAUACUCCUUACGAAUUAAUAAAGAGGACCUAGACAAUUUAAGAGAGAGGACAAAGGAGCUGGUGAAAACAAAUUUUGAUUUCACCAAAAGUUAUUAUGUACAGGUGUAUAACAGAUUGAAAGAGGACUCUGGCGUCGUUUUUCAUAAAUUAAAAAAUGGUUAUAACAUUUGCUACGAGUACCUUGGAAGUACCUACCUCUUCAAUGCUGUGCAAAAUUAUUUACUCAACUUGCCCUUAUUGAGCAAGUCCAGUUGCCUGCCCAAAAUGGUUAAUUACAAUUCGGUUAAUUUAUUGUUUAUUUUAUUUACCUUUAUAUAUUUUAAGAGCGAUUUAAUUUAUAGCCUUUUUAAAAAAAAAUAUGCUUUCAUUGGAGAAUUCCGAGAUGUGAAGACAGACCGCCUUGUGAAGAUGCAUACCUUGGCCACUUUGGUUUUUUUUUUUUAUAAGUUUUUUGUGUUACGGUUAUUCUUUGUUUUGAAUUCGUAUAGUUUUUUUUCUCGCAGGUUGUCCAUGCUCAACAAUGUGGUGCACGUACUUUUUUUUUCCUUUUUGUCUGUGUACCCCUACUUCCUCGUCCAGGCCAACUGGGGCAGCUUCCACGUGCUCGGCUCCCGCAGAAGCAAAAUCCUCGGAGGCGUCGUGCUUGCGCAGCUGCUCCUCAUCUACACGCGACUCAUGUGCCAGAACAACUGGACCUUCCUCAAAAAAUGGACGGACGAGCAGUUUUUUAACCGGGACGAAAUCAUGAAGGAGCUCAAGGAAGACCAGAAGACCGACUUCUACGUCAACCUCCUCAACCAGUACAGCUUCCUCAAGAGGCUCUAUCUGGGCAAUAACAAGUUCUACGAGAUCCUGCUCCACCUACAUAAAUACAAGUACCUCCUCGAUAUUAUUUCGCCCAUCAAUUCGUUGUUCUACAUAUACAUUGCGCACUCGGCUUACUACUACCUGAACAAUUUGUCCUUCGCCGGCAUUUACAUUUCUUCCUUUUCGCUGGCGCUCUUCCUGCUGAAUGUUUUAUCGAACAAAAUAGACAUGUACUUCUUGACUCGCACCUAG